AUGCAAGUAAACGCGCAUCAAUAUUCUAGUGAUGGCACUACCGUGCAGCGAGAAACGGAUGGAGUGUAUGGCCACCCGCUCAUGUGCGCCAGUGUGCCCUUCGAUGUGAUGCCGCAGCAAUCGGUGCCUGCCCGUGUAGCGCACCAGCUCAUCAAGGACGAGCUGGCACUGGACGGCAACCCCAAGAUGAAUUUGGCAUCCUUCGUCACCACGUACAUGGAGCCUGAAGCCGAGGACUUGAUGGUUGACGGUCUACGCAAGAACUACAUUGACUUGGACCAGUACCCGCAGACAGCAGAGAUCCAUAACCGCUGCGUAACGAUGCUGGCCAACCUGUACCACGCACCACUGGAGCCUGGACAGAAGGCCACAGGAACAGGGUGCAUUGGCUCUUCGGAGGCCAUCAUGCUGGCCGGUCUGGCUAUGAAACGCAAGUGGAAGGACCGCCGGAUCGCCGCUGGCUUGCCCUACGACAAGCCCAACAUGGUCUUUGGCUCGAACGUGCAAGUCUGUUGGCAUAAGAUGUGCAAGUACUUUGAGAUUGAAAUACGAGAGGCAGACGUGUCUCCAGACUGUCUCGUGCUUACGUCCCAGCGCACACGUCCUCUUCUCGAUGAGAACACGAUCGGAGUUAGCGCUAUUCUCGGCAGCACUUUUAAUGGAGAGUACGAAGACGUUAAGUCGAUCCAUGACAUGCUAGUGGCUGAAAACGAGGCCAAUGGAUGGACCAUUCCGCUGCAUGUGGAUGCAGCCAGUGGCGGCUUCAUUGCCCCAUUCUUAAACCCGGAGCUCGAAUGGGACUUUCGUUUACCUAAUGUCAAGAGUAUCAACGUCAGUGGCCAUAAGUUCGGACUUGUGUACGCUGGUAUGGGCUGGGCGGUAUGGCGCGAGCCGGAAGAUCUUCCUGAAGACCUUGUGUUCCACGUGAACUAUUUGGGUGGAGAUCAGUCGUCGUUCACACUUAACUUCUCCAAGGGUGCGGGGAAUGUGAUAGCACAAUACUAUAACAUGCUGAGGUUCGGCUUUGAGGGAUAUCGUCGUAUUAUGGAAGCUGGUAUGCAAAAUGCACAAUUGCUGCGUGGAGCACUGGUGGCUACUGGUCACUUCCGUAUCGUGGACAAGCAGCACAUGCCGCUCGUGGCAUUUGCGCUGAUUGACUCGUCUCGCUACACGUGCUUCGACAUCCAGGAUAAGCUCAAAAGCCGCGGGUGGAUUGUUCCAGCCUACACGUGCCCCAGCGGCGCCGAAUCGCUGACGAUCAUGCGUGUGGUCGUGAAGCAGAAUUUCUCGUCGCAAAUGGUGAACAUGCUGGUUGAAGAUAUUAUCAAGGCCAUUGAGGCUCUUGAGAAGCACCAUGUCCUGGUCGACACGGCGAUGUCGUCGCCCAAGGCGAAUAAUAAGCACUUCAAGGACAUUGUGCACUCCCUCAAGGCCAACAUUGGGCACCAGAAGUCGGGCCUUACGACGCACGGUGUAUGCUAG